GCGCAGGAGGGAGGGAGCGCUAGGCAGUCCAGCCUCCCUGGCGGCCUGGCGGCCUGCGCUAUAUCUAGGCUGGGACAGUUCUUCACUUGGAGACCCGGGAGCUAUGGCGCUGCAGGGUAUCUCGGUGCUAGAGCUGGCCGGCCUGGCCCCGGGCCCGUACUGCGGUAUGGUCCUGGCGGACUUCGGGGCGCGGGUGGUGCGUGUGGACCGACUGGGCUCCCGCGGAGAUGUGAGCUUCUUGGCCCGGGGCAAGCGCUCGCUGGCGGUGGACCUGAAGCGGCCGCAGGGGGCGGCUGUGCUGCGUCGCCUGUGCGCCCGGACGGAUGUGGUGCUGGAGCCCUUCCGCCAUGGUGUCAUGGAAAAACUCCAGCUAGGCCCAGAGAUUCUGCAGAAGGAGAAUCCAAAGCUUAUCUAUGCCAGGUUGAGUGGAUUUGGCCAGUCAGGAAGAUUCUCUAGAGUAGCUGGCCAUGACAUCAACUAUUUGGCUUUGUCAGGUGUUCUAUCAAAAAUUGGCAGAAGUGGUGAGAAUCCAUAUCCCCCACUGAAUCUCCUGGCUGACUUCGGUGGUGGCGGCCUCAUGUGCACACUGGGCAUCUUGAUGGCUCUGUUUGAACGCACACGCUCUGGCAAAGGUCAGGUCAUUGAUGCAAGCAUGGUGGAAGGAACAGCAUACCUGAGUUCUUUUCUGUGGGAAUCUCAACAACUAGGAAUGUGGGAACAGCCUCGAGGACAGAACUUACUAGAUGGUGGAGCACCUUUCUACACAACUUACAAAACGGCAGAUGGGGGGUUCAUGGCUGUUGGAGCAUUAGAGCCCCAGUUCUACAAGCUGCUGAUCAAAGGACUUGGGCUAAAGUCUGAUGAGCUUCCUCAUCAGAUGAGCAUGAGUGAUUGGCCAGAAAUGAAGAAGAGAUUUGCAGAUGUAUUUGCAAAGAAGACAAAGGCAGAGUGGUGUCAGAUCUUCGAUGGCACAGAUGCAUGUGUGACUCCAGUUCUGACGUUUGAAGAGGCUGCCCACCAUGAUCAUAACAAAGAACGGGGCUCGUUUAUCACUGAAGAGGAGCAUGGGGUGAGUCCCCGCCCUGCACCUCUGCUGUCAGACACCCCAGCUACCCCUUCUUCCAAAAGGGAUCCUUUUGUAGGAGAACAUACUGAAGAGAUACUUAGAGAAUUUGGGUUUAGCCAGGUAGAGAUCAAUCAGCUUACCUCAGAUAAAAUUAUUGAAAGUAAUAAGCCAAGAGCUAAUCUCUAAGUCCCAGGCCUCCUAGCUGAAAUGAAUUUGAAUAUUGCAUGUUCAGUACAGAAGAAUACAUAAAAUUCUAAGUGUGGAAACCUGAAGGAACAGUAUCACAGUGGACCAGCUAUUCCAAUCAAGAAACAAGACUGAUUACACAGUAAUGAUAGAAUUCUGAAAAUGGUUAACAUCAUGGCUUUUGAUUUAGGAAUGUUUUUAGUUUACCAAUAUCAAAUUGUGACAGUUUUUCUGCCUUUCGAUUUAUUUGAUAGAUUAUAUUUUUAAUAUUAAAAUGUUAAUAGGGCACCUGGGUGGCUUAGUCAGUUAAGCGUUUGCCUUUGGUUCAGGUCAUGAUCU